GCAGGAGGCAGCGACGUUGCACGGCCCCAACAAGGUAGUGGCCCUAAAGGACGACCGCCGCCGCGCACGGGAUGCCUACAUUGUAAGGGAGAACAUUGGCUGCGGGAUUGCCCGGUCGCCACACCUGAUGAGAAGAAAGCUGCACGGGAGGCACAGCAGUCCAAGAAUUGGAAGGUGAAGAGAGCGGUCGUUGGCAGUGAUGACGAGGAGUAUACAGUCCUUAUUAACGGAGCUGUGGAGAUAUCGAUGUGUCCAGACACGGGAGCAGACAAGUGCAUUCUCCCGGCGGAUGCAGUGAACCAGGUGCGGGCGAUGGGCCGCACACUUACGACUACACGCCUACUCGAACCUGAACCAGUAGAAGGAGUCGGCGGCAAUGUCACAUUUUGUCAUGAAGCAGCGCAGAUUGACGUGCAGAUCCGCACGUCUGCAGGGCCAGUGAAUCUCUACAAGCUCGACUGUCUGGUGGUGGAAGGUGAAAAACAAUUCCUUCUGAGCCGAAAAGUGAUGAAACGACUGGGCAUUGACGUGAAGCGCGCGUUCGAGCAGCUC